AUGCCCUCACCUGACUCCAUUAGUCCGUCUCGAACGUCGCCAAAAUCUAAGAAUGUUGUUCGUCUUCAGGAUAUUGACAGCUACGAAACGUCCAAUCUGUCUCCUUCCGAAAAACCUGCCAGUUCCCCAGAGAGCAAGUUGAACCCCAACCGUAAAGUAGGUCUCAUUUCUGGUAGCAAAAUGCCCUCACCUGCCUCCGUUAGUCAGUCUCAAACGUCGUCAGCUUCUAAGGGUAUUGACAGCUCCGAGAAGCCUAACUCGUCUCCUUCUGCCGUAACACCUCAGAGGUCCACAGAAAGCAAACUGAACGACAAUCGGCAGACAGCUCUAGCUUCUGCUGGCCAAGUGCCCUCAGCUGGAUCCAUCAGUCAGUCUCAGACAUCUUUAGUUCCUAAGAAUGCUGCUACUCUCCAGGAUAUUGACAGCUCCGAAACAUCCAUCUCGUCUCCUUCUGCCGAAAAAGCUGACUGUUCCCCAGAGAGCAUGUCGAACACCAACUAUAUGGUAGGUCUCGCUUCUGGUAGCAAAGUGCCCCCAACUGGCUCCAUUAGUCCAUCUGAAACAUCUGCAGCUCCUAAGAAUGCUGCUAGUCUUCAGGAUAUUGACAGCUCCGAGCCGUCUAAACCGUUUCCUUCCACCGAAAGACCUUGCAGUUCCUCGGAAAGCAUGUUGGAUAACAGUUCGGAGAAUCUCUCUUCUGCUGGUAAAAUGCCCUCACCUGAUUCUUUUACUCCUUCUGAAAGAUCUCCAUCCCUUACUAAUGCAAAAAAAGAAUUUGAAACAUCUGGCGUAUCCGAUUCUGCUCAAAAGCCCAACGAUGACUUACUGGGCAGCAACACAUUCCAGAAUUCUCCUGUAAGUAACUUGCGAGACACUUCUUCUGUUAACCCUCAAGAAAGCGUUUCUAAACGUCUAGGCAAUAUUGCCCGUGUAGAUACCUCUGCUACUUUUCAACCUACCAACAAGCCCAAAGCUGAUUCGCCUGACAGCAGCUCAUUAGGGGAUCUUGCUGACAGCAACUUUCCAUCGAGUCACUCCGCUGACUCGCAAGACGACCUCUCCCCUGCCAGUGAUCCUCGCUAUCCCAUUAAUAGCCUUGUUCCUUCUGCAUCUGCCACUCCUGGUCUUGGUUUGUACCAUGCUGCCGGUUACUGGCUUUGUACCGGGCCGUUCUACAGUCAUCAAGCCAACAGUGACAGCGUGAGCCUUCCCGUUACAAUGACGUACCCACCACCUAGUUCUAACAAGGCCAUGUUUGGUCUUUCUACAAGCACCCCGCUUGCUGGUCGUUCUGCCGAUAGAUUUUCCCCCGACGACAUUGCUCACUCCAGCAAUGCUAUGGACAAUGCUGAUGGGGCAGUUCUCACAGACUGGCCAGCUAGCUUCACUCCGACUCUGCGACAGCUGUCAGUCGAUGAAUUAAGUAAGGUCGGGGCAGUCUUGACGGCUGAGGAUCCAGCAGCAGUUGCCCACGCUGCUGACACUCCAGCGUUCGCCGUUGUCGGUCCAUCGGCUGCACCGGUGGAGUUGUCUGCAGGCACCGCCUCGUCUUCUGCUCCACAGAGCCAGGCACCGAACACCGUCACCUUCGGUGGCGUUCCAGUUCGCGUGUUGGCGCCACCAGCUGCACCAUCAGCGACCCAGUAUCCACGGAUCAUCAACUUUGGUGGCGUUCCCGUGCCCGCCAACGUCCAAGAGGCAGCAGCUGCUCAUAACACCAUCAACUUCGGUGGCGUCCCUCUUCGUACACUAAGCCAUCCGGCAACUGUGCCACUGAGUGUGAUUUCAAACACCAUCAACUUCAGUGGUUGGCCCGUUCGUCCUGUGGUCAACAGCCUGCUGCACUAA